GCUCACCACUCGUGCUUCCAUCUGUACAUUCAUUAUAAGUGUGUAUUAAUGUGUUGCUCUUAGGUCGUUUAUAGUCAUCGCCUUCACGUCACCAGAUCAGACAAAUGAACGCAUUUUAUUCAAAAGUAAGAAUAUUUGUCAACUUCGAAGACAAAGGGGACUGUCAGCAAUCAUCUUUGAAAUUAGACUAAAAGUAGAGCAAGCGGAAAACAUUGAAAAUUUCUUAAUAAAUACAAGUUGUAAAAAUCUUUCGACAAUGUUCAUGUCAUUAGAAUUUGCUAUUGAAAAUAAUGAAGACGCUACAUUCACACUGACUAACGAGCCAUUUUCUAUAAAUUUUGAACAACAAUUGUUAAACAUUCUUGGUAUACAAAAUAUUGAUACAUACGAUGAUAAUAUAGCUUUGAUAAGCUUAGGUUUAAACAAUUUACUAUUCCACGAAAUAAACGCUCUUAUAUACUCGAUGUAUGGAAGAAAUUACCCUGUCGAAUAUUUACAACAAAUGACAAUUCAAAAUUUAUUGAUGCUCGGUGACAAAGAUAGCAAGACGGAGGUGAAGACUGGUCUGGAUGCACUCUUCUCAUAUGUGGGGCCUGAUGAAAUUAGAGCGUCUGAAACUAUCGUGGUGAUGCCUUCGUCAUACAGUGAUUAUAACUCAAGCGAGUUUCAGGACGUAGAAGUAGAUCCAUCGGGCACCUAUCUCUUUAUGAUGCCGGGUUUCGAAGGGCAUUAUGAAGUGUUUACAUUGAUGUGCAGUCGACUUAAAAUAAAGGCUGUAACCUUCCAAACAGGAUUAGAGUUUCAGGAGGACAAUAUAUCUGAAAUGGCUCAACGCAUUUUCAAUGUAAGAUUGUAUAAAGAAAACUUGAUAUCUUUAAACUAA